GUCAUAACGAGUGGAGGAGUUAACCCUGCUGUUUGGUCUACAGGAAAUAAGAAUUGAUUUAUGGUUACAGACACUCAAAUCAAUACCAUUUCAUAGGUUUCCUUUACAACAACUUUACAUGUCUGGAUGGUAAGAAGCAGUUGGAUAUUUUCCACAAGAGGACACAUAAAUCAAACAAGAAUUUCAAAAGUAUAAAGCAACAGAAAAACUCCAUGUUUAAAAAGUAACAAAAAAUGAACAGCAGUGAAGCAGACACCGUACAUCCUUGUCCCAUAGAAGAUGAUUAUAAGCAUGUGGUGUAUACAGUUGUCUACAUUAUAGUUUUUCUCAGCGGGUUGCUCUUUAAUGGGGCUGCUGUGUAUGUUUUUUGUAAGGUCAGGAAAAAGAAAGGACUAUCAACAAUAUGCCUGCUAAACCUUGCAGUGGCGGAUCUUCUGUUUAUAUUUUUCCUGCCUCUGAGGAUAGCCUACUAUCAGAUGGAUGGGACUUGGAUUUUUGGCGACUUACUGUGCCGUGUUACUACAUUCUCUUUCUAUUUCAGCAUGUACUCCAGCAUACUUUUCUUGGCUUGUUUGAGCAUUUUCCGCUAUAUGUCAGUGGUGCACCCAGAAACAAUAAAAGUUAAGACAGCCAUUAAGGUCUGUGCUGGUGUCUGGGUUUUUACAGGUCUAAGUACAAUGCCCUUCCUAUUUUCUGGCAUCACUGUCCGGGAAAAUGUCAUAAGGUGCUUUGAACCUGCUGUGAUGUCAGCAUGGAAGAGGGUCAUGUAUAUGAACUACUAUGCCUUGGUUGCUGGAUUUAUACUCCCUUUUCUGGCCAUUGUAGUGUGUAAUGGGUUGCUCAUCAGACAUAUUGCGACCAUGCCAAUGGAGAAGAAAACCAUUAGAAAGCAAAUUACUAUGAUAAUCUUAGUUUUAUUGGUUUGUGGUGUCUGUUUUUUGCCAUACCAUAUUCAAAGAACGGUGCACCUAAAUUACUUGGUUCAUCAUCCAGACAUAUGCACCUUACAUGAGGUUCUUCAGAAAACUGUUGUUACAACACUGUGUUUAGCUGUUCUGAAUACCAGCCUGGAUCCUCUCUUAUAUGUAUUUGUAGGCCAUGGUUAUAAAUCGUGGCUGCUGUUACUAUGCAUGCCCAAAAGGACUACCAAUGUAAGACCCUCAUCUACUGACUCAAGUGGUAUCAAUGAAGCAAUGGUAGACGAAGUACCAAUGAAUGAAAACGUUCGAAGAUCAACUAAUGAAUUACUGCCAAAAAUGUAAUACUUAUUUGCUAACCUCUAACCUAUCUAUACGCAUGCAACAUUAUUUUGUAUUAUAUUUUUCCUGCUGAACUAAUGAAUAGUGAUGAGCGGCAGGGGUCAUAUUCUAAUUCGUGAUAUUUCACAAAUAUUUUGUAGAAUAUUCAUCAUAUAUUCCCGAUUUUGUAUAUUUGUUAUAUUCGACAUCGAA